AUGUUCUUCACCAAUAAUCGUUCCUUACUACUGUCAUGCCUUGUGACGCUCGUGGAAGUAGAGGCUGCUCGUAUACCCUCGAGACCUAAAUCGAUUGCCAUUCAACAGUCAAGCCCUCGCAAUGCCGGCAUUCCGCUGGAUUCAUUCGUUUCUUUCUCAUUUGAGUUUUCAUCAUGGCCCGAUUUUGCUGGUAACCUAUCUAAUCCAAAUGCCUUCACAGGAAACCUUUUGAGCAACUUGGGCAAGUUGCAAGGUUCCAUGCCUUAUGUUCGUGUAGGAGGAAAUACACAAGACUGGGCAGUUUUCGAUGAAUCCCAGAAGACAAACAUUAUUGGUAUCAUUCAACCAGAAAUCUCGACCGACUACCCAACCAUCAUCACGUUUGGCCCAUCUUAUUUUGAGUCCUACCAAACUAUGCCUCAGGGCAUAAAGUAUGCUCAUGGUCUCAAUAUGGCCGCCAACACUAGCGUCGAGAGAACUAGCACUUUUCAUUCCGCUGCAUAUGCUUGCAAGGCAAUCGGGGGCAAUCUAUUGUACUGGGAGUAUGGUAACGAGGCCGAUCUCUUCAAUCCUUCUCGCCACCGACCCCGCAACUAUACCGAGGCUGACUACGUGUCUGAAUGGUUGAAUGGAACUAAGGCCAUUAAAGAUGUCGUUAAAGUAGCAUGUCCGGAGCUCGCUGGUGUUAAGUUCAUGGGACCGAGCUUCGCAGGCCCUACAGCCGUCGACAUAGCCACUCUGAAUGCUGUGAAAGCAUGGAGAGAAGGUAUCAACAAGGAUGACGACAUAGGCAUAGUUGCUUUGCAUAACUACAUGGGCGUGUCUACCUCUCCUGGAAUCACCCUACAAGGCACAUUGAUGAACCACACGAACGUUAAAGUAAAGGCAGAGACUCAGUUCAACCUGUCGAGAGGAAUCAGAGAAUUAGACAAUGCGCCAUCUCCAGAUAUUCCCAUUAUCAUGGGUGAGCACAAUUCGCUCGCCAGACAAGGACGGCCGGGUCUGAGCAACAGUUUUGGAGCGGCGUUGUGGGGCAUUGACUGGAAUUUGUACCUCGCAUCUCAUAACAUAUCCCGCUCACAUAUGCACCAAGGAACCAAUUAUCGCUAUCAGGCAUGGCAGCCCAUCGAAACAAACCGAACAACCAAAGGAACGAAGCCGCCAUAUUAUGGAAGCGUGGCUAUCGCAGCCUUCAUGCAUCGAGAACUACCCUCGAACCAUUUGAGCAUCUCUCACCUCGACUCGUCUUCUGAGUUCUCUACCCAGUAUGCGGCUUACAUCAACAGCACUUUGGCUCGCAUCCUACUUGUGGACCUGCACACUUACAAUACAACUGACAAUAACUACACGACUCCGUUCCCGCGACCUGUCGAAGGAUACGAAUUGAAGCUACCUGGUUGCUCCAAAGGCAAGGCCCAAGUGCAAAGAUUGAUUGCAAAUGGAAGUGAUGCAAUCACAGGCAUUACUUGGGAUGGCUACAGCUACAACUACGAGCUGGAUGAGGGAAAGCCUGUUCGGCUGAACAAUGUCACUCGUGGGGAGAAGGUAAAAGCAAGUAAAGAUGGUGUGAUCAGGGUUGAUGUUCCUUGGAGUAGCGCGGCAAUCGUUACUCUGGAUUGUUGA